AUGAGCAGGGUUCUGAUACAUUUAUAUCAUGGUACGAAAGUCAAGAAAGAUGACUGGCUGUUCAAUAAUGCGGACAUCUUUGAUGACCGCGACCUGGCAGCUGCCGUCCUUCAUACUUCACUCGCUAAGCGCCUCAGAGAGGAAACUAAUGCCCUUUCAACAUCGAAGAAGCGCGUUAAGUUCGCCAACGACAUCAAAUCGGAACCAGAUGCCUCGGAUGGCAACAACUUCCUCGAAAAGCUAGGCGGUCAGUCCUGCCAGUCUCGCCAGUCUGCCAUUUGCGACAAAUUCAAGGUCUUGAGACAGGUCGUCCGUGGCGUCGCUCGAGACAUCGAUAGCAUUGAGGAGGAAAUGAAAGUAUUUCCUAGUUUCAUAAGACAUGAAUAUCUAAAGGAAUUUCUCAUAGUGACCGUCGCUGAGGUCAAUGCAGGCAUGGGUGUCGACACAUACAUCGGGAUGUGGAAGAUGGCAGGUGAUAGAUAUCCUGAUUGUCACAACGGGACAUGA